CCUCAUCAUAUUGUAUGUAUUGGGUGGAGGGGCCUUUCAGAAGACUUUGUCCCAGGCCCAAACAAAGGUAUCAGAGGCCCUGUGUGCAGAACACAAUGAAGGGAAAAGGCCUCCUCUGGUUCCUCAAUGCACAUUAGUAUAACGGCAACACUUAAAACUUGUCACAGUCAAAUCGUUUCUGCUCCCCGCUGAGAUGUCUGUGAAGAGCUCAUCACUCGCCAUGCUAGUCCUAGCCAGCAUGCUGGUCACUGCAGAUGCCCUGCAGUGUUACGUCUGUAGUGAUAAAGAGUGCUCUGCUUCAUCACCAAAGACCUGCUCUGCAAAAGAGGAUCGCUGUGUUACAAGAGUGCUCGAGUCUGGUGCUGUGCUGAAGUCGUGUGGCACGAAGGCUUUCUGUGACGUUAAGAUACCUGGAUCAAAAACCCAGUGCUGUGUGGAGGAUCUGUGUAACGACACCAGGAGGGCGGGGAAGAUGGCCUCCGUCUUUGUGCUGCCCUGAGGUGACACCAAGGGGCGCCACCAGAUAUUUUGGGCCAUGUCAGUGCUGUCCGUGCUUGGGCCCUUAGAAUCUGUAAACAGCACCCACCCCCACCCAUGGGUGACACCAAGGGGGUAUUUUACAGGGAGGUGCAGAGGCACAACAGUGGGCCUUAUCGUUUUAUUUUCUACCCUGUCAACCCUGUUUUUUUAAAUUGACUUCAUGUGGAUGCGUUUCAAUGCGUUUGAAUUCAAUUGGAAAACUCCUGCUCUUUGAAAGAAAAUAUACUCUGUAAUUCACGACAGUCACCAAACGGUCUGUUCUUUUGCUUAACCUUUGCUCUGAUUUUGAUGUCCAUUAUACAUAUUACAAUCUCCGGGCUAAAUGUUCAGUGCUCCUACCAUUCAAUGAUAGACACCGAAUACAGUAGCCUAUAUCCACAUUAGAAAGAUAAACCUUUAACUACGUAGCUAAUGGGAAAACCAAAACCCUUCGCUUUAUCGCUGACCUUUUUUAAAUUUGUACUGUUUUUUUACUCGUCUUACCACAACUGUAUUUUGACAUACCUGUACUACUAUUUUAACCUUCUGUACUGUAAAGUGUCCUUGGGAAUCUUGUGAGGCACUACAAAUAAAAUGUAUUAUUAUCCUAUUAUUAUUUAAAUAUUGCAAUAUUUUAAUUGAAACAGUCUAUAAAUUGAGCAAA